AGCAUCAUUACCAUAUAUAUAACGUCGCGUCUUUCAUAGUGUUGUUAUAAUCAACCAGUGUAGUGUUAUUGUCACUACGACAAAAUGACAUGGGUAAACUCUUUUCAUAACAUAAUUGUAAAAGGGAUUCAUACUAGACGACAAAAAUAAGUAUAUAUGGUUAAGUAUUGAAAAUCUGUGGAAUCAUCUGAUCGACAUUAUGAAUACGAAUGCGACCGUAUUAGAAAACUCCUCUGAGAAAGGCGACUUUGACCAUGGAAUAGAACGGACCAGCUUUUUGAUUCGUCUUUUGGUCCUUCCGGUCAUAUGUUUUGUUGGUUUUGUGGGCAAUACAAUGUCCGUUAGAAUCUUUGUAGGACGGACACAGCGUACGACCUCGUGUUGCAUUUACCUGGCCAUGAAAGCAGUGUCUGAUAACGGAUUUCUGUUGACUCUUUUCAUCGCGUGGUUGGAUUUCGUCAACAUCCGAGUGUUCCACAUCGAAGGCGUCUGUCAGACUGUUCUGUUUCUUUCAUAUCUGUGCGGAUUCAUGUCCGCUUGGGCCGUUGUGUUGGUGACUGUUGAAAACUACAUUCGAGUCUGUUGUCCAAAGAAAGUAGCCUCAAUCUGCCGAGCAGACAUCGCCCGAAACAUGGUCAUUACUUGUUUCAUUUCGGCUUGCAUGAUAUAUAACUUUCCUCUGUGGGGGACAGAGAUCUCAGUUUUAAACGGAAAAGCAUUUUGUCGAACCAAUCCGGAAUUCGAAAGUUUGCAAGUGGCUUUGAUUUAUGUGGAUUCUUUGUUGACUUUAAUUUUACCACUGUUCAUCAUUCCAUUGCUAGUCCUCCUAACGGUGUGUAGCUCCGUGGAAGCCUCGCGUCGUUCAAUGCGUCUUCUUCAACGUCAGUCUAGAUCCACCAUCACCCGUCGUAAACUCUCUCCUCAUGGCGCCGUCACGCGACUUCUUCUUACCGUCGCUUUAGUGUUCAUGUUUCUUCACACACCGAGCCACAUCAUUCGUAUCAAAGUCACGAUUGAAGGACUUACGGGUAAAGCUCAGACUGCUUCAUUCACGGACAGAGUGCUCCAGCAAUUGUUUUUGACUCUCUAUUAUCUUAAUUAUGCUGUGAACAUUUUCAUAUACGUGUUCUGUGGACGUCAAUUUCGAACGUUACUUUACUCUCGUUUGCAGAGGCUCAAAGAAAAACGCCACAAACCGCAGACAAAUAGCAAUGCAAGCUUUGAGGAACUCAUAAGAAUAUCCCAUUCCUUCCUUUUUGGAAACGACAACGUUGAAACCGUUGUAUAGGUCAUCUUUAUGAAGUUUAAUACUUUUGAAAAUUAACUUAAACUGUGACAACAUAUACAAAGAAGCAUCCAGAAAAGGACAUGCUUUCGAAAUAUAUAUUUUUAUUGAAAUUCAUAUCUUUAUUGAAAUGUAUCUUUAUGAUAUAAAAUGAUAUGAAAUAACGUUUUGUGUUUUUUAUAUUAUAUGUGUUUGUGUCACAAAAUUGGUUUGUAUAAUGUAAUGGGGUUUUCCAUCCUCCCGCAUCUUUUCAUUGCCUUGGAUUUAAUGACGGUGAAUGAUUGUAUAGUCUGCCACUUUUCAAAACGGAUAUCAGCUUUAAUAGUUUUUUGUCUUACAGACGAACAUUGAUUUAUAACACGGCUAUGUUAUGAUAAUCAAAAAUGCAUUCAUACAUAAAUGUACGUCAGCUUUAUGGUAAACUUAUUUAAUUAAUCAAUAAAUUUUUAUUCGGUAAAGUAUACCAGAGUUUUCUUGUUUCUUCAGAAAGCCAUGCAAAUCCAUACGUAGUCCAGUACACAUACGAUUAUUUUUGUUGCGAAAUCUUUUAAUGUGUGUAUAUGUGUUUGUUGUGUUGC